AUGGUGUCGACCAGGCGAAGUGGAUCUCUGCCGUCGAGUAGCAGUAAGAGAUCAUCUUCGCCGUCCGAUGACAAUCACAACAAGCCUACUUCUCCCAAGCGUCAAAAGGCACUCUCUCUCUCUCUCUCACGCACACAUAUGAAUAGCUGUAGGUAUAUGUAUGGUGAGAACUGUAGUGCCAAUGGCAACACUAGGAAUCCAGAGGCGGAGAAACCGAAGGAAUUGAGCUCAACUGAUCUGCCGGAGCUCCCUGACGUCGCCGUCUCGGUCCCUCCGGCUGCCGCACCCUCCGUAUCUGUUGCUCCUCCGGCCGUUGCAGAAGGAGAUGUGGUAGCUAAUGUGGAUAAACUGAAGAGCUCGUUAACUUCGUGGAAACAGCACCAAGGUUUUGAGACGACUUCGCCCUGGUGUAGGCUUCUCACAGAGUCCACACAGAACCCCACUGUUUCUGUGUACACUACCAAUUUCUUGGUAGGGGGAAGCAAACAUGCCAAUCUUUUGAUCCGGGAUCAGACGGUCAGUGCAAUUCUUUGUUCCAUAAGGCUUUCCGAGCACGACAAUAAGCCUGUUGUGGUACUUGAAAGUCGUGGGAGCAAAGGAUGUGUGCAAGUUAAUGGGAAAGUAAUUAAGAAGAACACUAGUUGCAAUCUCAAUUCAGGGGAUGAAGUGGUUUUCGGCUUUCUUGGAAAUCAUGCAUACAUUUUUCAGCAGCUGCCUUAUGACAGUAUAAUAAAAACCCCUCCACCAGAUGUUCAACCUAAUGUAGAAAAGUUGGUUCAAGUUGAAAGACAAGCAGGAGAUGGAUCAACUGCAGCGGGUGCUUCAAUCCUGGCAUCACUUUCUAAUCUGCAGCAAGAUUUAUCUCGUCUUAAGCCAACUUCACAGACCAGCGGUAAAAAUCACAGAGGGAGUAAUCUACCUUCUUCUCCCCUUACUAAUGAAGACGAACUUGAUGGUCAAGAAGAAAACCUCUCAUGUAAACAGGAUGAUAGAGAUUGGCUCAAGGAUCUAGUCCCAGUAUCUCUAUCAGUUAUGUGUUCACGAACUAAAGCAUUUAGAGAAAGCAUACUAGCUGCUAUUCUUGAUGAUGAGGACCUUGAGGUUUCAUUCGAUAAUUUUCCAUAUUAUUUGAGCGAGAGCACAAAAAGUGUGCUAAUUGCAGCUUCCUAUAUACAACUGAGUCACAGAGAUCAAGUUAAAUUUACAUCAGAGCUUCCAACAUUGAAUCCUAGAAUCUUACUUUCUGGUCCAACAGGGUCUGAGAUUUAUCAGGAGAUGUUGGUAAAGGCGCUUGCUCAUUAUUUUGGGGCGAAAUUGCUUAUAUUUGACCGCAAUUCAUUUCUGGGAGGUACUUCCAAGGAUGCUGAUCUGAAAGAGGGAAACAAUGCAGAAAAGGUACAUAACACCAGCAAGCAUGUUUCAGGAUCCACAGAUCUUGCCAAGGACAUUGGACAUUCAUCCGGUGAAGCAGAAACCUCUAAUUUGCUCAGUAAUCCCCUUGGCCUGGAAUUGCGGACGAAAAUUGAAACUGAUAACGUGCCCUCUUCAGUGAAUAAAGCCAAGAACCAUUCUUUUAAGUUGGGUGAUAGAGUCAAAUUCGUAGGUCCAACCUCUGGUGGUUUAUGUUCUAGUUCUGCCAGGGGCCCAACUCCUGGAAUGCGGGGAAAGGUUCUGUUGCCAUUUGAAGAUAAUCCUCUUUCAAAGAUUGGCGUAAAAUUUGACAAAUCCAUGCAAGAUGGGCUUGAUUUUGGAGGUCUUUGUGACAAUGGAUAUGGAUUCUUCUGCAAGGCCAACGAGCUUCGCUUGGACACCUCAGGUGUGGAGGAUCUGGACAAAUUACUUAUUAACACAAUGUUUGAGACCGUGUUUGACGUGAGCCAAGAGUCCCCGUUCAUUUUGUUUAUGAAAGAUGCUGAAAAUUCUAUGGCAGGAAAUUCUGAGUCAUAUGCUUUAUUUAUGAUCAAGCUGGAGAAGCUUCCUAAUAACGUUGUAAUUAUUGGUUCACAUACUCAAAUUGACAACCGCAAAGAAAAGUCUCAUACUGGUGGUUUGCUUUUCACGAAAUUUGGCAGCAAUCAGACUGCUUUGCUUGACUUGGCUUUUCCUGAUAGUUUUGGGAGGUUGCAUGAUAGGGCUAAGGAUAUUACCAAGGGAAGCAAGCUUUUAUCCAAACUUUUCCCAAAUAAAGUGACAAUUCACAUGCCUCAGGACGAAGCACUCCUAGUCAGUUGGAAGCAGCAAUUGGAACGAGAUGCUGAAACUCUAAAACUAAAAGCAAAUCUGAAUAAUUUACGGACUGUCCUCAAUCGUAAUGGGUUGGAGUGUGAUGGACUUGAAACAUUGAACAUAAAAGACCAGACACUUACAAAUGAGAGUGCGGAAAAGGUGGUUGGAUGGGCUUUAAGCCAUCAUUUGCUGACAAAUCCCGAGGCUGAUGCAGAUACCAGGCUUGUUUUGUCUUCGGAGAGCAUUCAGUAUGGAAUUGGUAUUCUACAUGCCAUCCAGAAUGACUCCAAGGCUUCAAAGAAGUCCCUCAAGCCUUGCAAAGGUAUAUUGCUAUUUGGCCCCCCUGGAACAGGAAAGACCAUGCUUGCAAAGGCAGUUGCAACUGAAGCUGGUGCAAACUUCAUUAACAUUUCGAUGUCUAGCAUAACCUCGAAGUGGUUUGGUGAGGGUGAGAAAUAUGUCAAGGCUGUUUUCUCUCUGGCUAGCAAGAUUGCUCCUAGCGUUAUAUUCGUUGAUGAAUCAUCAUCAUACCAUGCAUCUUUUUUCUCCCUUCAAAAGGUCGAUAGCAUGCUGGGACGAAGGGAAAACCCUGGAGAACAUGAGGCCAUGCGUAAAAUGAAAAAUGAAUUCAUGGUGAACUGGGAUGGACUGCGUACAAAAGACAAAGAACGUGUCCUGGUACUUGCUGCCACCAACAGGCCUUUCGACCUUGAUGAGGCCGUGAUUAGGAGGCUGCCACGCAGGUUGAUGGUUAACUUGCCGGACGCUGCUAAUAGAGCCAAGAUCCUUAGAGUGAUUCUGGCCAAAGAGGACCUCUCGCCUGAUGUGGACCUGGAUUCAGUUGCGAGUAUGACCGAUGGUUAUUCAGGAAGUGAUCUUAAGAAUUUAUGUGUGACUGCUGCUCAUCGUCCCAUAAGAGAGAUUCUGGAAAAGGAGAAAAAG